AUGUCCCUCUUUUCAUCGUUUGUAUUUUUAUUAUUCCUAGUAUUUUAUAGUGGAGAUACACUUGCAUAUUCUCAUUCUUUAGAUCGUAUUCAGGUUUUAACGUUUUCGACGCCCAAUCUUGAAGACUCAAAGUCGAAAAGCAGCAAUAAUCCACAGCUGAAAUGCUCGGGAUCGGCUUGUGAAGAUUAUGAAACCAAAAUUGCCAUUUGCCAGCAUAACCAACUAAACAUUUCUCCGUUGGAUUUAAAAUGGUCUUGCUCAUGGCCUCACAUGUCGGACCGUGUGCAUGUCGCCGAUUAUGAUGUACACUGUAAAGUCUACUAUGCUCAUGCAUUAGAACCAAUCGUUCAGAGCUGUACCCUGGACUAUCGCUUAGAGUAUUCAACCUCUGGAUUGCUACUUCAUCAACCAUGGAAACUCUUUGCCUGGAGACCCUUUUCAGCAGGAUUGAUCCUCUUUUGUGCAGGCGUGUAUUUAAUGAGUGCUUGUAUGCGCAUCCUUGGUUAUUUGGGUGCUCCAAGAACUCGUUUUCAUGACUCUGCUCGGUGGAACGAACAAAAAUACCUGGAACAAGCAAUUGCUGCUGCAGACGAUAACUUUUCUGGUCGCGGCUUAUUCAGUAACAGCAUAAAGCAAAGGGUUCCUAUGGCAAUUCUUGAAGACCUUGCAUAA